AUGGAACAACCCAAGAGGGUUUUCACUGGUGACAGAGACUUGGAGGCGCUGACAUCUCCAGGAGCAAUUUGUCUCCAGGGGCGUGAAGAUCCUCCGAGGCAGAGGGAUGUGGUCAGCGAGUUCGUUGGCGAGGGGGGCAAGGUCAGCGGGGCGAAGUUGAAGUCGGGCGAGACCAUCGCUUGUGACCUUGCUGUGGUGGGCGCUGGUGCCCAACCAAACCUGGAGUGGUGCCCGGCAGAGCUCAAACAGGAGCAAAGAGGCUUGCUGGUGGAUGCCAACAUGCAAACCUCGCAUCCGGACGUCUACGCGGUGGGGGACGUUGCAACCUUCCCUUCCCGCUACGGCGGUUUGUUGCGGUGUGAGAACGUGGACCACGCAAGGAAGAGUGCAGCGCAGGCGGUGAAAGCGGCCAUGAAGCUGAGCGUGGAACCCUACAGUUACUUGCCAUACUUCUACACCCGAAUCUUUGAGUACACCGACUCGCCCAUCGUGUUCAACUUCUUUGGCGAUCAGCACCACCCUCCUCGCGCGUCGAGCGGAAGACUCGAGUGA